AUGUCGCCAAAAUACAUUACCAAGCUCGAAGACAAGCUUGUCGUCGUAAUUGGCGGAACAUCCGGCAUUGGGUUCGCCGUUGCGGAAGCCAGCGUCGAGUUCGGCGCGCGCGUUGUAGUCGCGAGCCGAAGUCAGGAAAGGGUCGACGACGCGGUCAAGAAACUCGCAGCAUCCUACCCAGACGCUAGACAUCGAAUCCGGGGCCACGUCAUAAACCUGUACGGCGACAACUCAGAGGCGAGCAUCACGGAGCUCUUCGAAUCCAUCACCAAUGGCGGGAGAGACCAGGUCGACCAUGUCGUUGAGACGGCGGGUGAGAGCAUCCACUCGCUCACCCUGCCAGAAGUGACGCCGCAACGCAUCGCAGAAGCAACCAGCUCACGAGUCACUGGAUCCGUUAUGCUCGCCAAAGUGGUUGGCAACUAUCUCAAGAAGGCGCAUACCUCUUCGCUCACCUUUACCGGCGGAGCGUCUGCAGACAAACCACCGCGGGGAAUGAGUGUGCUGGCCAUAAUUGGCGGGGCCAAGAACUCGCUGACGAGGGGGCUUGCCGUCGACCUGAGCCCCGUGAGGGUGAACCUUGUCUCUCCAGGGGCGGUCCAGACUGCCGUACUUGAUUCAUUGUUUGAGAACAUGAAAUUCGGAAAUGGCAGUGCUGAUUUCGAGGCCGCGAAGGUGAUGCUGAAGAACGCUUCAGUAUCGGGCAGGAUUGGAGACCCAGAGGACGUGGCCGAGGCCUAUCUGUCGUUGAUGAGGAACCACUUCGUUACGGGAACGGUCCUCGAUGUGAAUGGCGGGAUGUUUCUCAAGUAA